GCCCCUCCACGAUUCUCCCUUCCCAAUCCUUCGAUCCAACUACCUUCUCAUGGCUCACAAUCCUCCACGAACCUACCCUACUACCCGUCCGAUGAACCAGAGAUCCGACGGCCGAAACAACCUCUCCCGUCCCUGCACAUUUCUUUUCCACUCUGUUUCAUUUCUGGGUUGGGUCUGCGUACCUGUGACAUUAAUAUCCCGCUUCUUUUUUCCAAUCCACCUCCUUUUCCCCAAUUGCCCCAUAAACUUCAUUAGCUCCCGCCUCCCUUUUCCGUGUUUUACUCGUUUUCUAGCUUCGGUACAAGACGACGCCGAUACAAAAUGCAAGAACAAGCCACCAGUUCAGCUGCAGCCAAUUCUCUGCCUUCAAGCAGCGAGAGAUCUUCCAGCUCCGCGCUUCAGCUCGAGGUCAAGGAAGGUAUGGAGAGUGACGAGGAGAUCAGGAGAGUGCCGGAGUUCGGUGGGGAGCCGGCGGCGACGUCAGGUUCGGGUCGGAGCGCGGCGGUGGUUUCAGGGAUGGAGCGGGCUCAUCAGGGUCCCGGAGAAGGGACGAGGAAGCGAGGGAGAAGCCCUGCGGAUAAAGAGAACAAGCGACUCAAACGGUUGUUGAGGAACAGAGUUUCGGCGCAGCAAGCCAGGGAGAGGAAGAAAGCCUAUCUUAGCGAGCUGGAGACGAGGGUUAAGGACCUGGAGAAGAAGAACUCGGAGCUCGAUGAGCGCCUCUCCACUUUGCAGAACGAGAAUCAGAUGCUCAGACAUAUACUGAAAAACACAACGGCAAGCAGGAGAGGAGGUAACAGUGCUGCAGAUUGAUCGGCGCCAUGAGUUGAGAAUCUGUAAUCCAUUUGAUAUAUGAAGAACAAGGAUUUGAUUUGCAUGGAGAAGAGGAAUGGUAAGGAAGCACAUAAGCAUCUGUUUUCUGAUUCUAAUUAUGUGUAUGUAGAGGUAUUAACUAAGAAGGUAGGAGUGGCUUCGUGAAAGCGAGGAAGAGAAAGAACGAGUUAGAGCUGACGCGGCCAGAAUGGGUGCUCACAGGGUUGAGCUAGCGAGCAGUUGGGUUUAGACAUUGUUGGUGAGGCAGCAUUGCUUGCAAUGUAUUGAGGUGCAUCAUUUGCAGCAAGCCCAUGUGCUCAUAUGCGUAUGCAAAUGCAACUGUGGCCAUUCUUGCUGUGCCAACCCCAGAUAAAUGAAGAGAGUAGUAGAAUGAUCACGAGGUGGUUCGUGUUCGACAGAGAUUGUGUUAACUCAUUCCCCCAUAUGGGAUUGUGGUGUUGCUGAAAAUGACAUUGGUCGUUUGGCUCUCUUUUUCUUUUGAUUGUCUCUGUAUUUCCCAGCCCUCUAUCUAUGUAGGAGAAUUCUGGAUUCUGAAAUGAGAUUCUCGCACAACUUUGCAUUACCAAUUGAUAUGUUCAUUGCUCUAAAGAGGAGGGUAGAUCAAUCUGUCAUCACUUCAGAGCGUUUGAUCAAUAACAGUGCCCUGUGUGG